GGUUAUCUUAACUGUUGGAGCCUCCUGUAGGAAAACACGUCUUUCAGGUGUACAGCAGCACAGGGAUGCUCAUGACCAUAUAAGCAGCGAGCUUCUUCUUGGUGUGUGGUUUCAGCACAGCAUGGCUGUGGUCAUCCACCUGCAAGGUCUUCUGAUUGUGGUGGGAACCGUGGACUUCUCUGCACUGACCAUCCCUGAUGGGGGCAAGCAUAUUGUAGGGGGUGAAUUGGGGGAAUAAAAUCAGCAGUGUUGAUAUUACAAAAUGACAAAACAUCCUCCGAAUAGAAGAGGGAUCAACUUUGAGGUGGGAGCCCAGUUGGAAGCCCGUGACAGAUUAAAAAACUGGUAUCCAGCCCACAUUGAAGAGAUUGAUUAUGAGGAAGGAAAAGUACUUAUCCAUUUCAAACGGUGGAACCACAGAUAUGAUGAAUGGUUUUGUUGGGACAGUCCUUAUUUACGGCCUUUAGAGAAAAUACAGUUAAGAAAGGAAGGAUUACAUGAGGAAGAAGGGUGUGCAGGUUUUCAUAUAAAUGAUCAGGUGUUGGCAUGCUGGUCUGACUGUCGCUUCUAUCCAGCCAAAGUUACUUCUGUUAACAAGGAUGGUACAUACACUGUGAAAUUUUAUGAUGGUGUAGUUCAGACUGUCAAAAACAUUCAUGUCAAAGCUUUUUCCAAAGAUCAGAAUAUUGUGGGUAAUGCUAAGCCUAAAGAAAGAGGUAAUGAAAUUCCGUCAUCUCCUGAAAAGCGGGAGAAAUUUAAAGAACAGAGGAAAGCAACAGGUAAUGCAAAGAAAGACAAGGAUGAAAAGACAUUAAAGACUGAAAAAAGGGUUAAGCAACCUGAUAAAGAGGGGAAACUGAUAGUCGUUUCAGAAAAAGGCAAGGUCUCAGAGAAGAAUAUAUCUAAGAAUGGAAAAGAAGAUAAAGAGAAUAUAUCAGAGAAUGAUAUGGAAUAUUCAAUAGAUACACAAAUUGAGAAGAAGCCUGAGAAUGACAAUGUAAAGAGUCCACAGGAAAACGUGAAAGAAACUAAACGAAAACGUGGAAGACCACCAAUAACACCUCCAACAGAGCCUGGUUCUCAGACACUGCAGCCCAUAGCCUUGGAGUUAAGACGUCGGAAAAUACCAAAAGGAGGUGAAGUUCCGUCAAAGCGUCCCAGGAUAGACAGAAACUUGUCUCAGGAAAAAUUGAAGAACUCCUCAGAUAACCAUGAAAAAGACCAGAUCAGGAGGCGAUCUUCAAGACUCUCAUCUGGUGUUAGCCAUGAGAUUUUAAAUGCAGAUCAUGUCACAACGUCAACAGAAGUUCAGACUUUGAAAGACACAGUGUCUAACCCAAAGGAGUCUGAGAAGGUCCAGUUAGAAGUUCCUGUUGAAUCUGACCAAAGUUUUGGUGAACAAGCAUCUCCUGGAAACACAUCACAUAGCACGGUACUCAGUACGGAUGCCAGUUUACAAGAAGGAAACAUUGAAGACACUGAGUCAUCUUCUGUUGCUGUCAGAACUGAAGAACCUGCUGCUGCUACAGUAACAAAACCUUUUAGGAGAUCAGAUUUUCUUGCAUCAAAAAAAGCUGCAACCGUUGAUCAAGACCACAAGUUUAAAUGCAAGUUCGUGGACUGUUCCAAAUCAUUCCGCAAAGCCAAGUUAUUGCAUUAUCACAUGAAAUAUUUUCAUGGAGUGGACAAGUCUGCAGAAUCACAGCAGAACCCGGUAAAAAGGCACAUUCAAACCAGAGCUUCUUUGGCUUCUGAGAAAGCUAAUCAAGAAAGGUCAAAAAGAGGACGGAGCUCAGCUGGUUCAUUGUCUGCUAAAGAACAUGAGAAGAACAAAGAAAGAAAAUCCAAGGACUAUGGAAGGUCCAAGGCAAAGAAGAAAAAAAAGAAAAAGAGGACUAAGCCUGAGUACUCUGCUAGUGAAGAAAACACAGAUAUUUCACAGGAACUUUCUCCUGAAAAAUCAGUUGUCACAAAAAGUAUUUCUUCAAACAAAUUGUCUGCCCACCCAAGCACACUGCUGCAGUGCUCUGAGUCUGGACACCACCGAGGAAAAUCAAAGGCUAAUGAGGAGGACACCAUGAGUGAGUCAUCUAUGGACAGCUUGCUUUGGAGUGAUGAUGACUGCAGUCAGGAUGUUGAUGUAACCACAAAUCCUGACGAAGAAGCUGAAGAAAGUGACUUUGAGAUUGUUCGGUGUAUUUGUGAAGUAAAAGAAGAAAAUGACUUCAUGAUUCAGUGUGAAGAGUGUCUGUGCUGGCAGCAUGGAGUCUGUAUGGGUUUACUGGAAGAUAAUGUACCUGAGAAAUACACCUGCUAUAUUUGCCAAGAUCCUCCAGGUCAGAGGUCCAGCUUAAAGUACUGGUAUGAGAAGGAGUGGUUGAGUAAUGGCCACAUGCAUGGCUUAGCGUUCUUGGAAGAAAAUUACUCCCACCAGAAUGCCAAGAAGAUAGUAGCCACUCACCAGCUUCUUGGCGAUGUGCAGAGAGUGAUAGAAGUUCUGCAUGGACUGCAGCUGAAGAUGAGCAUAUUGAAAAAUAAAGAACACCCUGACCUAAAGCUCUGGUGCCAUCCGUGGAAGCACAUUACGGUGGAUGAAAAAAUCCAUACGAAACACAUCAUUCACAUUGAAGAAAACUGUUGCAAAGAGGAGACAACGAGUUAUAGAACUUGGAAUGGGACAGCUGAGAAACCCUCGGCCAUUCCUUCUGUGGAGGAAUCCUACAUCACGAGUGAACACUGUUACCAGAAACCUCGGGCCUACUACCCUGCUAUAGAGCAGAGGCUGGUGGUGGAAACGAGAGGUGCAGCCAUGGAUGAGGGUGUAAAUAGAAUAAGGGAAAAUGGGGAUGACGUCCUGUCGGAGAGGCUCGGCUGGAAUCUGGACCGAGAAAUAUGUAAAAUGGAAAAUGAAUCCAAACACAACUACUCCAAGGUAAGAGAGCCUGCGUCUAAGAAGGCCUCUCCGGAGGAAGCUAUUGAAAUGAAACUGCUGGAAAAGGACAAAGAAGGGGUUGUGAACUCACAGCUGCAGUGGCAGCUUAAUCUUUUAGCUCAUGUGGAAUCUCUGCAAGAUGAAGUCAUACACAGAAUGGAUUUCAUUGAGAAGGAGCUAGAUGUUUUGGAGAGCUGGCUGGAUUACACGGGGGAGUUGGAGCCACCCGAGCCGCUCGCCCGCCUCCCACAGCUCAAGCACUGCAUAAAGCAGCUGAUCACGGACCUCAGCAAGGUGCAGCAGAUCGCGCUGUGCUGCUCCACGUGAGACCAGGGAGUGCUGGGACUGCAGAAAGCGCGGCGCUGGAGCGUCCGACGUGGAGAGCUCUGUGUAUUUAAAUGAAGUUAGCAUGCUGGUUGCAUGUGAUGCAGAUUGACUUCAGGGAUUUGCGAAGAGGCGCUGCUCAAAGAACAGCCAAAAGGUUAUUUUAUCUCAUAAUUCCGGGGCUAUUGGGCAAUUGUAACCAUAUGGAAGAUCGUAACAAGAUAUGUUGUCUUCAAAGGUUGGGUGUUGGUUGAUUAAAUUAUAAUCAAAUUUUCACUCCUUACGAGUUGCUCAUGGAAGAGGUAGACUUCUCGUAAUUAAAUUGACUAAAGUUGUGCCACUGAAGAACAGAGUUCUAAGAGCCAAAAAUGUUCAGUUGACAGGUUGUAAAUAACUUUGCAUAGUUUCAGUGACUUGUGUCAUGUUUUAUUCCUUCUGGUUUAUGCGUAAUGCACACUGUAUUUAAUCAUUAGGAAAUGUUAUAACGUUUUUCAGACCUAGUAAGUACGAAUGCCCAGCUCCCAGCUUAGGGCUGCCAGGAGCCCAGCCGGCAUCGGUCACAGCAGGAGGCCGCAGCGCACUGCACUCACGUUCAGGAUAAAUGGUUGUUUCCAAUUCUGACCACUGUGUCACCCACACAGUGCUGGGGCUGAGCCUCCUGCCGAGCUCCGUGGUGGGGCUGUGCUGCCCUGCAGGGGAGGAGGGGCUGCAGUGGGCGUCGUGUGGCCUUCUCCCAUUUCUUAACAGUUGCCAUUCCGGUUCUAUUUUGCAAUGUAGACUUUUUUCAACGCUCGGGACGUGUUCAUUGUAAAGACUUACUAUGAAUGUGUGGUUUUGGGAAUCAGUUUGUUUUAUAUUUGUGUAAAUAAAGCCUCGAUCUAUGCAUGAGGUACUGUCCUGAGAGGCAGCGAGUGGGUUGUUAUCUUAACAGUGUGUGUUCACGAGUUCCCUUUUCUACCUUAUGUUUUAAUGUCCUGGUUUGUAUUACUCUGAAGCAAGGUGAAGGUGCUGCGUGGAUUCAGGUGCGUUGUGCAGUGCUUGAGGCAGUGCUGUCUGUAUCAGAGGCAUCGAGAGCCUUUCUGCUGUGGAUCAGCACUCCGUCAGCAGCACUGCAGCUUCACUUUCCUUCCUACCACAGCUGGGGUCACCAUACAGAAUGGUGAAGGUGAUUUUCCAUGGAGAGGGCGUCCUAAAAGAGCUGCAUUGUGUGACAGUGCUGCCGAGGGUGGGAUUGAAGCUGCACCGAGCCCAUCGUGCUCAUUUACUGCGAAUGCUAAUGAUUUACUAUGGAAACUCCUACAAUAAUAAUUCUAACGUUAUCUACGCAGGGAAUGAUUUAAUCGGUCCCUGCAGGAGAUGAAGUAACAGGGCUUCUCUAGGUGGUCACUGUGGCUUUGUGCAAAGAGUCAUUUCAGGGAAUAAUUAGUCUCUGUUUCAUAGUACGAGCUGGUACAUAAUGAGCACAACAUGCGGACAGCAGAAAAAUGAACUUCUCUGUAACGCAGUUGGAAUCAGGCUUACGUGGCACUGAGGAUCCACUUCACCCUUUGAAGAUGAGCGCAGUGCUGGGCUGCUCUCACUGCUGCUGUGACCCCCAGCUCCCGGCUGCCCUGGGGCAGGGCAGGAGGGCUGCGGGCAGCUGUGAGGGUGUGGGGCUGUCGGGAGAAGGGCCGUAAGGGGAGCUCUGUGAGGCCUGCAGCAGAUGCUCCCACGUGGGAUGAGCAUCAGUGCAGCACCACGGCUGUGCUUGGAGGUGUGGGAGCAGUUCCUGAGCUGACAGCUCUCCUCAGAGCUGAACUUCUUUCCCAGCGACUGCUUUCUGUGCGUUCACUUUGAAUGUUGGCUGCGCCGGUUGGUUUUUGCUCAGGGCAGUACUGAGGAGAUGGGGGGAAAGAGGGCUGUUCUGAUGGGUGUGAGAGGUGGCAGAUCCUGGGCUGGUUCUCCUGCAGCGCGGCCAGGGAAGCAGCCCUCGCAGGUAAAGACUGAAAGUAUUUAUUUAAACUAGACUAGCAUUUCUCAUGUUCAGGAAAGGUUCUUUAUUGUGCUUUGGAUUCCUUUUGUCCCUGUUCCUGUAAGUUUCCACAUCGUUAUUUCGUAGCCUGGGCCAGCCGUUGGGUCUGGCAGGUCACUUUUGUGUUCUUUAAAUCACUGGUAAGUGAAUGCAACGUGGAGCCUUGAUGAAAUGAGCAAACAUUGCACUGUGGAUACGUAUUUGUCUUUGUUUAUGCACUAUUAGAACUGAGGGCGCUGUAUAUAGGAUUUUGCUUUGGAGCAAUAUUUGCAAAACUUGAAAACUUCUGUAUCUUGGUGUUUGGAAUAAAUAAAUAGGUUUUUGUUGGUUAAGUCUUAGCGAUGUCUUUGUUUCAAUUAAUGAUUCAAUAAAAUAACUUUGGUUC